GUGUAGAUACCUAAACAAUUAGUCUGCGCCUCGCGCUCAUCAAAAGCGGUCAUGAAGGUCGCCGUGGUCACUGGAGCUAAUAAAGGCAUAGGGCUUGCUAUAGUCAAGGCCCUUUGCAAAAAUAUGGAAGGAACAGUCUACCUCACAUCUAGAGACGUCAAUCGAGGAACUAAAGCAGUAGCUGAACUUCGCUCUUUGGGCUGGGCACCGUCGUAUCACCAACUAGACGUCGCUGACGAAAACAGUAUUAUCAAAUUCAGAGAUUAUUUAAAAGAAAAACAUGGCGGCAUCGACAUACUGAUAAACAACGCGGCCGUAGCAGGGGACGGAUAUAAAACUACGUACGAAGAAAGCAAACAAGUUAUAGACAUUGAUUACAGAAGUUUGCUUACGAUUCAAGAACACAUAUUCCCACUUGUAAGAGAGAAUGGGCGGAUUUUAAACAUAGCAAGUGACUGCGGUCACUUAUCUAACAUUCGGAAUAAAUAUUGGAUAGAUAAGUUAUCGAGCAAUGACUUAACAGUCAGUGAUAUUAAUGAGUUCGUAAAUUGGUUUUUGGGUGGCGUUAAAAAUGGUACGUUUAGUAAGAACGAUUUGGCUGAUGGCGGCUCGGCAGCGGCAUAUAGGAUCGCUAAAGUAGCCGUGUGUGCUUUGACGAGACUUCAACAGAAGGAUCUUGAAUCUAGGAAGAUAAUUAUCAAUGCCAUGCACCCUGGACUGGUUCAGACUGAUAUGACUAGAGGAUUAGGUGUUUUCAGUCCCGAUGAAGCGGCCGAAACACCUGUGUAUUUAGUUCUAGAAGCCCCUGAAAGUAUCAAAGGAGCGUACGUGUGGUUUGACAGACAAGUUAUAGACUGGUUUGAUUACAAAAGCGAUUGUUACUUCAAGAUGGAGUCUGUUUUUAAGCACUACGGUGCGAUUGGACCGGUGCUAUAUUUUGUGGCCAGACACGAGUGGAGCCGACAUUUGAUAUUGUUCGUUUUUACAAUUUUGUUUAUCAGUAUUUUGUGUCGUUUACUAUGAGUUUUGUGUCGUUUACAAUAUUACAAUUUUGUUUG